UAUAGUAGCUCUAUUGAACCAACCCGAGUUAUGUCGGAAUAUUAAAGUGUAGUGAAGUGGCCUAGAGACCUACAUUUAGUGUUUUAUAAGGAUUUAUUUAUAUUUAUGUAGAACAUUUGAGAUAAACUAUUUUCCUAAGCGAAGUAGAUGAUAUUUUACAAAACGUGCGGACAGCUAAAUUUAGUUGUUUCGCAAACCGUCCUUAAAUGAUGCACGAAGACCCAAAAAUGAGUGUUGCGCAGGGUCUGGCCGCUUCCACGAGCCAGCCGAAGGGCGAAAUCGCUUUCGAAGGUGCCGUGGAAUACAAUAUGUCCGAGCCGAAACCUGCUGAAAAUAUUAACGUGGAAGUAAAGAUUCCUUAUGUGGAUCCCACUAAUGGUGCCGGGAAUGAGCCAGGAGCGUACCUUCCCGCAGCUGGCACUGUGUGUGAUCAGACAGACACUAAGGACGUUAUAGAAGAGCUCUGCCCUGUUUGCGGAGACAAGGUCAGCGGCUACCACUACGGCCUGCUCACUUGCGAAUCAUGUAAAGGCUUCUUUAAGAGGACCGUGCAAAAUAAAAAAGUGUACACAUGUGUGGCAGAGAGAGCCUGCCACAUUGACAAGACGCAGAGGAAAAGAUGUCCGUUCUGCAGAUUUCAAAAAUGUCUCGAUGUCGGCAUGAAGCUUGAGGCUGUACGAGCGGAUCGCAUGCGCGGCGGUCGCAACAAAUUCGGGCCCAUGUACAAAAGAGACCGCGCUCGCAAGCUGCAGAUGAUGAGGCAGCGGCAGAUCGCGGUACAGACGCUGCGCGGCUCGCUGGGCGACGGGUCGCUGGUGCUCGGCUUCCCGUCGCCGUACGCGUCGGUGCCCGUGAAGCAGGAGAUCCAGAUCCCGCAAGUGUCGUCGCUGACGUCGUCGCCCGAGUCGUCGCCGGGCCCCGCGCUGCUGGCGGCGCAGUCGCAGGCCGCGCAGGCGCCGCCGCCGCCCGCGCACGACAAGUGGGAGACGCACUCGCCGCACUCGGCGUCGCCCGACGGGUUCGCCUUCGAGGCGCCCGCCACGGCCGCCGCCACGCCCUCCAGCACCGCCGAGCCCACCAGCACCGAGACGCUCCGAGUCUCGCCCAUGAUAAGGGAAUUUGUCCAAACAAUAGACGACCGAGAGUGGCAAAACUCCCUGUUCGGACUCUUGCAGAGCCAAACCUACAACCAAUGUGAAGUCGAUUUGUUCGAACUAAUGUGCAAAGUGCUGGACCAAAAUUUAUUUUCCCAGGUGGAUUGGGCACGAAACACCGUGUUCUUUAAAUACCUCAAGGUCGACGACCAGAUGAAGUUACUCCAGAACUCGUGGUCCGACAUGCUGGUGCUCGACCACCUGCACCAGCGGAUGCACAACGGCUUGCCCGAUGAGACGACUCUACACAACGGACAGAAGUUCGACCUGCUCAGCCUCGGGCUGCUCGGCGUGCCGAGCCUGGCCGACCAUUUCAACGAGCUUCAAAACAAAUUAUCGGAACUCAAAUUCGACGUAUCGGACUACAUAUGCGUCAAAUUCCUGCUUUUACUAAACCCUGAGGUGAGAGGCAUCGUAAACAGCAAGUGCGUCCGCGAUGGUUACCAUACAGUUCAGGCAGCACUCCUGGACUACACGCUUACCUGCUAUCCUACGAUACAGGAUAAGUUUGGCAAGCUAGUGUUGGUCGUACCAGAGAUCCACGCUCUGCGGCGCGGGGCGAGGAGCACCUUUACCAGCGGCAUUGUGCGGGGCAGGCGCCGACACAAACCCUCCUUAUGGAAAUGCUUCAUGCGAAGCGCAAGUGCGGUUUCCUGCCGAACGACACGAUUGAGCCGCAUUCGCCCAUCUAGAAUCUUGAAAUAUGUACCAGUGAAUGUGGACACCCCGCAGCAGCGCCUCGCGCCCGAUGGAUCAUAAUUUACGAAUAACAAUAUCUAAGGACAUGUAAAUCAAGCUCAUAAAUGGCACCAUGCACUUACUUACCGCGGUAGGCGGAGGUUAUCCAAAUUCAUUCAAAAAUAUACCGCGCAGCCUAUUAACAACGUUAAGCAAUACCAAUAUGACCCUGAAGCGACGAAACUCCUCAAUUUACUUGACGUUGAGAGUCUGGGUCUAACUUUAAAGGAACCAAAACACAUACCAACAUAUAGCAAUACGCUAUAUGUUGGUAUGUGUUAUGGUUUCUUUAAAGCCGUCAUUGUAUGAGAGUUACAUUUGUUUAGAUAUUGUUAUUGGUAGAUCUUAACAUAAUUAUUAUUAUAGUUUUUAGUUAUUUAGGUUUAUUUAGGUUGACAAUUUAAGUUUAUUGGUGUGUGACUAAAAUAUAUUAAGUUAUUUUGCGCCGGGCGCCGACCGGCGGCGCCGCGCGCCUAGUCCCAAUACAAGAUAUGUAAUACCUGUUUAUCUGUGUAAUCUUUGUAUAAAUAUACAAAAAAAAAAUGUAUUUAACAUCUCUCUCGUGUAGCUACCAUUAAUUUAUUGACCAGUCUAGUAACGGUAUAUCUAUAAUUCAAAUUAAAAUAAGUAACUUUAUGUUAGAUAAAAACUAGCUUGUCUUAACUCUGAUGCGUAGCGACGAAAAAAUAUUACAAUACAUAUUUUAGGAAAGCGUCUGUGAUCUUAAACGAAGAAAUUUGAUGAACCGUUUUAAUGUUAGUUGAAGCGAUAAUAUAAUGUGUAACGAGUAGUGUUACCGAAGUAGACCGUCGCGUGCGGCGCCAGGGCUGCGCGGCGCGCGCUCUGUCCUGGCGCCCUGCGCGUCGGGGCGGGUCCUGCGCGACCCUGUCCGCGAUCACUUCACUUAUUAAAUACACAAUGUUACUUUAAGAGUUAAGAUUCGGUGGAAUGUACUCGUGCGGCCUGACUCCUUUUACUAUUCGAGAAGUUCCGCGAGUAUGUUCCGAUUGUUAACACGCGACUUCAAUUUUGGAAAGAAUGUGUUUAAUUAUCGUAAGUAGUUAUUGGGCUGAAAAUAUUUAAAAUUUCGUUGAAUUUAAUAUUUGAAAUUCUCUACGUAUAUCACUGUACAGUAAGAUAAAAUCACAAUUAAAAAAACGUUAAAAUUUACAGUUGUUCCAUGAAAAUGUUUAUCUAAAUGUUAUAAAAAUUUAUCUGCAUUGUGUUUUAUCGGCCGUACCAGUACAAAUAAUUAAUUAUUAAAAAAAACUGUACAUAUUAUUUUAUAAAGUAUAGAAGGUAACAGUGAUUUAUGCUACUUAUAAUGUAAUUAUGUAAAAUAUUUCUCAAAUACGUGCAAGAAGCCUUAAAAAUCAUAGAUUUUUAAAAGAUAUGGGUACUAGCGUCUACGAGGUCUUCGGCCGGACUGGACGAUGUAUUUUUAUAAAUCAUAUUGUUCUUUAUUAACAUAUAUAAUAUGUUAACUGAAAGUACAUUAUUUCGUAUUUUUCUAACAUAAAUAUAGUAGCGUACGUAUUUCAAUUAUAUUGAUCAACUUUAAAUAUGGAAGCAGUUAUACAUAUUGUAUUAAAAUAAUUAUAUGAUAUAUAGUGUUGUGUGAUACCUGCGUAUAUGCGUUACAAAUUUAAUUUGAGAACGUUUUUAUUUUUAUAAUGUUAGAUGCCAGUUGUAGCAUACGAGGUUCUCUCCAGUGACUUCUAGCUAGGUCUAGCUCUCGCAUCGCGCACGUGGUCUCAUAAACACUGAGAAUUGUUUAUAUUUUAUUAUAUUUUACUUGUACAAAAAAUUGAAAUGAAAUCAAUUGAUGCCUGUAUUUUGUUUAUUAAGCAUUUUGUUAUUUUAUAAAGAAAAAAUCGUAGAAAUCAAAUGAAAUAAAUUUAUUUCUUAGUUUUUACCUAUCGAAAGUUUUAAAUCUUGUUUAAAUAUACAAUAUAUAGUCCCAGUUGUUGGCUUUAUUUAGGUUUCCAUUCCGGGCUUUUAUUAAAAAUUAGUUACAGGAUUUGUGCAGCCUUUACAGCUUACUCGUAUGUUAAUGAUUUUUAGUCCGGAGAUAACAUUUCGAACAAGCUCAAUGUAAAUAGGACACGAGUGUCAUCAUUAGCUAGCCAAGGGCAGUAACGCAAACUAUGUGAGUUGCCACAUCUCACCCGAGACGACACCAAUGUCGCCGAGUACAAUGUAGGUUGUAGCUGAUGAAAUACAUAUCGUAUUCGAUAUUUCGGAAACGUGUAACACUUGACGAGAGCCUCGUUUAUAUGGAUACUAAGGGAUGAAUUUAGUUAAACGAAUAUGUGAUUGAUAGUUUUUGUUUAAAUGUGGACGUUUAUAUUAUAUUAAUUAAAUUAUAAUAUUAUCACUGCACCAAGUGCGAAUGUAUAUUUGGCCGCAUCAACGAGAAAGUACAUGGGUACAAGUAGAUUAUGAGUAACUUCCUUAUUUUUGUCUUAGGCUUGUAUUGUUCGUAAUUUAGUAGAUUUGACACCAUCGUUAUCCGUAAUACCGUCCAGUGAAAACUAACUUUAACGACAUGAAUUUUAACAAAUUUCGAAACGUCAGUCCUGAUUUAAUAAUCUCGGAUUAUUUUAAUAAUGACUAAAUAAGAUCGCCAAUUAGCCACGAAUACUGUUUAGAGCGGAUCGUCAUGAAAUAAUGAAAUAUCAUAAAAACCGUGGCUUACCAUUGCAUCUUUUCGAAUUUAAGAUUAAAAGUAAGUUUUGCAGACAAAUUCGAAAUUGUAAACAGAAUAGUUAUUUUUUUAUUCUAAAGAGCAAGUGCAUUAAGGGCUAAUUCGCACGAGAGUUUUUUUAAUGUCCGUAAAAAGCUCUCGUGCGAAUUAGCCCUAAGAGCAGAUUUUUCGAUCGCUGGAUAAACCUACGAAUGAAUUUGACGUGUUGACAGAAUUCCCAAACAAUAACUGUCAAAGCCUCAAAUUUAUUCCUUAGAUCUUAGAUAAAAGUUAUUUGACGAUUGAAAAAUCGGCUCUUAAUGUCAAAAUUAUUAAACUAUCGUUUAAAUAAGUGACGAAUGACGAUUCGCCUUAAAAAUAAUAAAUUAAUUAUUUAUGUUUUAACUUUGACAAUAGAUCGAAAAUGAGUACCUGGUGUAUAGUGUAAAAUAUUAAAAAAUUGAUAAAAAGUUCCUUUUUCGAAAGAUGGUGUGGUAUCAUUGUUUUCAAUAAUAAUAGUUAAUCUGUUGACACAAUUUCUAGUAGGUAUCUUUCAUCGUGUUUUGUUUUUUAAGCUACUCCUUCGUAUUUAUGAUCACAUUCGCACAUCACUUCCCCGCUGAAUAGUUAAAAUCAUCUUAGAAACCCCCGCGUUAAAGGAUAACUUUAUAUAGAUAGAGCUGCAUUUUCAUAGUAUUUCUUUGUUUUCUUUUUCAAGAGAAAUGAUCAGGAACAGCUAAUUUUAUUUACUGAAUGCAAAGCAAAUCUGUGAUGGUAUGACAUAGAUAUGUUACGCUCAAAAACCGAAAACCUUAUUGUUUGCUAUGAUGCUCAGACGAAGAAUCAGGUGGACUCGACUGACGCGUAUAUCUGAAAGGGACAUAUAGAGAGUACUUCAAAACGCAGGGCAUACCAGGUCAGUAAAAAAAAAUUGACUACAGCCUACACACCUUCAACACUAAAUUUAAAACAGAAAACUAAAUAAAAACUCGUAAUAUUUGCAAUAAAUUACUAUCACACACGUCAGAUUUGUUGGGCACAGAUAACAACUGUGCCCAACAACAAAAAGCUAUCUGGUAAAGACAUUGGGGAAAAUUUCGUGUUACAAAAAAGGGUAAUACGUGCAAUUUAUAAUUUAAAACCGCGCGAUUCUCUACAAGAGAAAUUUAAGUAAAUAGGUAUUCUUACAGCUUCACUUGCCCUAAAAUAGAGAUUUUUCAAAGGUAUAAUCUUUCAAAAUAAAUAUGAUUUUACUUAAUUUAUUAUUUUACAGCAUAGAUAAUAGAGAGAUAAAUCGAUAUAUGGCUUAAUCAUAGAUCUAGAAUAACAAACAAUAGAAUAAUAGGCGUGCCGUAAUACGUUUGUAUGGAGAAGCGCGUAAGAAGGGCCACCUUAAGCGUUUUCGGUCUUUGAGCGUAACAGAUACAUUAAUUAGGCUGUGUGUGGGUUUUGCUUGUAUGUUCGAUAGGGAUGGAGCAACAGAAGACCAAUUUUUAAAAUGUAACUUCAUAAUUUUAUCUUUCCUUUAUUCCGUUUAACUAUUAAUAAUGAAUUUCAUACACAAUAGUUUAAACGCUAAAACAUUAUUUAAAUAAAGCAAGGUUUUUGUAUUUUAUACAAUAAUGAAAUAUAAUGAAAUCACAAUGAGUUAAAAGCCGUAGGUACAGAGACUUCAUUAAAAGAAUAAAAGGAACGAAGGCAACUCACGAAUUCCAAAAUUUUAUCAUUUUAUAUGUAACGGCACUACUUUUAGACUGCUGGUACUAAUUUCGAUGACGAACUAUCGUGAUCAUUCUUGUGUUUAGUAAAGUAACGGUAUUUUUUUUAUUUUAUUAUUUGACUAAAGAGUAUUUUGCGAAAAUCUAAAGCGUAAUUGAAGGUCUAGGUAUUGUACAGCUCAGGGAUGCGUAUGAAGGUCGUUGACAUCUGCUGAUUGUAAUGAAGACCAAGAAUAUUGCGAGAGCUCCUUCCCCACAUUCAUAAAUGCUUUAAAUUACAUAUAUCACUUUGAAAUAUAAUUGAGUAGUUAUUAAAUGAUCAUAGUACAUUUAUAUAUAAUAAUAAUAAUAAUAAUUAAUGGAUAUACAUAUACUAACUUCACAUAUUACCAUUUCAUGUUACCAUUUUAUACAGUAUUUAUGUAUUUGUGCCUAUCAAUUGUUGUUAAAUAAAAUAUAACAGUAUUAUUUGAACAUCACCUACCUAUCCGGUAUUUAUGUGAUUUCCUACUAUACACUUUGUCACAGAAAUCAUUCGAAUAAACAUCUGUUACCAUUUAUAGUGUUUCAUAUGUCGUAAUAUCGCACCGAUGAUUUUUAUAUGCGGUAUUAGUCUUUCUUAGAUGUCCAUUUUCAAAAUAUGAAUUAAAUUAAUUAAAUUAAAAUGUGCCUACCGAAAUCCAUAAUUCAAGCUUUUUGCUAGCAAGCAAGAAAUUGCUUUAAUACUUGUGACACACCAGUGGUGAUAAAGUCUAAGUAGUGUGCCAUUAGUUAAGAGUUCGUACAGGGUUUAGCCGCGGUCGGCCACUCGGCUGGCUCACAGCACUCAAACUUUCUCGCUCGCAUAAAUGUACGUUUACGUUCUCAUUUUGUUUAUUAACCAAAACUUAGACAAUAACAGUUUAUGGUGCCAGUGUUCAUUUGUAUGUUCUGCUCUGUCCUGUCUGAUCGCUAACCUUUUCCGUCACGCGCUUCACUUCGUUUCAUCUAAUUAACACGAUAUAGAUAUUUAUUACAAUUAAUGAUACUAUGUAUGCUUACGAGUAUAACGUUUAAACCUACUGUCUACGUUGUAGGUUUAGGUUGUAAUAUACAGAAUAUGUUGUAAUUUAGCGUACGUGUAAGUAAUAUACAUCUAUAUUUAUGAACUAAAAAAGAUAAGUAUUUUAUAGUGGUAAGGUACACGCUGAGUGUUCUAUGUAAAUGUUAACGUUGAGUUCAAUUAGGUGGUAAGUGAGGUCCGGUAGCGCAGGCGGCGACGCGUCUCGCCGGCCGCCGCCACUCGGCCCCCGGCUCCUUCGCUCAGACUCGUUCGCCCUGCCACUCGGUGAACGCACACCGCAUCCACACCCGUCGCAGCCUCGCACAGCACGAGCGUCGCGACCACGUGCGCGUCACACACAUUCCAAAAUAACACUAGUAUAAACGCUUUGUGACGCACGACGAACGCGUUACGGUUUGUAAGUUAACCACUUUGUUGUUCAUUAACGAUAAGUUAGAUUUAAUCUCAGUCGAUGUUGUUUAUUUUAGUCUGUAUAGUAUUCUCUCGAUUUAAGUUUGUGUGAGGACGAGAAUUUGAGCGAAUCGACGGGCCCUAGCCUGGUGGGUUCAUAUUAGUUAUAAAUCUUAAGUACCUAAGCGAUUAUUUCUGUUGCACCUAACUUUAUUUUGCGAGCCGUGUUAGUUGUAUUCUAUUAAGUAAUUGUACAUAUAGGUAGGGCGAGGUAAACAGAGUUUUCAUUCAUCUUAAAUGGUUAUUGUUAAAUCUAAUGAUAUGGGGCUGGCAAAAUACCAAUGCAAUGUCGCAUUUGCUGUUAAAUAAAUCUAUCUGAUACAUACCUAACUGUAGAUGUUGUAUGGCUAUUUAUGUUUCUCUGUAUGUGUAAGGCAGCGAUGAGGCCACGAGAUUGGUGGCAGGGCUGUAGGCCCCCGUGUCGCCAGAGCGACAUCGCUCGGCUCAGCCGGCCGCGAUGAGCACGCAAAUCGGAACGCGUCCCUCGCAUGUCGGUCCAGUGACCUCUAAUUACUAUAUCAAUUAUAAUACAUACAAAUGCAUAAGUAUAAAGUACCCCACAUAAGUAAGCCACUUUUGUGUUAAUUUGCUCUCGUAUUAACUGAACAUAUAGAAAUGAAUUUUCUCAAAACACAUCUGUAGACCAAACAGCACACAUCAACCUAGAGCAUCACUAUAUAUUUAAUGUAUUAUAAUAAAUUUAUAAUGAUUUGAAUAUAAUUUUUAUACCCAAUGUAUUUUGCAUUUUGCUUCUCAUUGCAUUAUUCAUGAAUCUAUUGUCUUACAAAACACAUAAGUAGAAGUGGCAAUAGUAGGUACUUACAAAAUAUAAUAUGAUUCAGUUAAUACUAGAGAUGUCUACCUUAACAUUGUACUGUGUCAUUACCUCACAUGUCUUUUGUACAUUAAAAUAAUAGUUAUUGUUGUCACUAUUUCUAUUGACCGAUGGUUUUGAUCAAAUACUAGGUACAUUACUGCAAUUAUGAGUGGUUUUCGAAGAUCACGAAUAUUGCUAUUUCUAUUGAACAGAUUAUAAUUGUUGUUUUGAUGAAAUGCUACAUGAAAUCAGCAAAUUAUUAUUUUCGAUAAUUUUCUAUACAGCCAUGUACCUAUAGUGCGUACAUUUUGAGAUCUCACUGGCCAUGCGGCGGUCAAAAGUACGGUUAUCCUUUAAGUUAAUAACCAAAAUCGUACUUUUGACAUCACAGCUGACGCGUAGGGCGAGUGAGAUCUCAAAAUGUAUGAUGCAUUAUAAAUCGGGGUAUGAAAAUGAAUUGCUUCAAUGAAUUUUUUGUGAUUAAUUAAUUUGAUAUUCUAUUGAUCGAUUAAUGUUUUAUUAAAUGCUACAGCAAAUUAUGAAUUAUUUUUAAAGAUUAUUAUAGUGUGUAAAUUUUCAGAAAGGAAUCACCAUAUUUGCUGUCAUCUCAAAAGUACGGUUUAGAUUCCGUUCUAUCGUACUUUUAACAUGACUGUUGGCGUUUAGCUAUAACAUAUGGCUGGUUAGUCCUUUCUCAAAAUUUACGCAUAACAGCAAUGUUAUUGCGGCACGAAAAUGUGGCGCAACCAGUAAUAUUUUUUUGUGAUUAUCAAUUAAUAACAUAUUUACCUUGCGAGACGCACGUACGCGCCGGUGGCGCUGCCGCGCUGCCGACCGUUUGAUUAGAAUUAAAUAAUAUUUUCGUUUAA